GGCAAGGACGGGGGUGUGUAUCACCGUCGUGUGUCCCGGCGGAAGAGUGGAGGGAGUCGUCGGAAAGGUCGCCACUGGGAUAGACCGGGAAACCAAGCGGCGCGGCCUGGCGCUGCAGAACCGGAGACACGCCCGUCACCACGGAGACAGCAGGAGCCAACGCGGUGGCCGGGGCGCAGCAACCCUCGCUGCCUCCGCCGCCUCCUCCACCGCCGAGGAUGUCGCGCAGGAAGAGAAAUGCAGGCAGCAGUUCCGACGGGACCGAAGACUCUGAUUUUUCUACGGAUCCGGAGCAUACGGACAGCUCAGAAAGCGAUGGACUGUCGCGCCAGUCAGCCCGGGUGACCCGCUCCUCUGCCAGGCUCAGCCAGAGCUCUCAAGAUUCCAGUCCAGUCCGUAAUCCCCCAUCAUUUGGAGCAGAGGAGCCUGUUUAUUCUACCAGGAGGGUAACCCGUAGCCAGCAGCAGCCUGCGCCUGUGACGCCCAAAAAAUACCCGCUCCGGCAGACCCGCUCGUCUGGAUCUGAAACGGAGCAAGUGGUUGACUUUUCUGACAGAGACACUAAAAACGCCGCUGACCAUGAUGAAUCGCCGCCCCGCACGCCGACUGGAAAUGCCCCGUCCUCAGAGUCCGACAUAGAUAUUUCCAGCCCUAACAUGUCUCACGACGAGAGCAUCGCCAAGGAUAUGUCCAUGAAGGAUUCCGGGAGCGACCUGUCUCAUCGCCCCAAACGCCGUCGCUUCCACGAAAGCUACAACUUCAACAUGAAGUGUCCUACCCCUGGCUGCAAUUCUCUAGGACACCUGACGGGGAAACACGAGAGACAUUUCUCCAUAUCUGGUUGUCCGCUGUAUCAUAACCUUUCCGCUGAUGAGUGCAAGGGUUUCCAGGUGAGAGCGCAGAGCCGUGACAAGCAAGUAGAGGAAAGGAUGCUGUCCCACCGGCAAGACGACAAUAACCGGCAUGCCACCAGACACCAGGCGCCAACCGAGAGACAGCUAAGAUAUAAAGAGAAAGUCGCUGAGAUGAGGAAGAAGAGGAACGCAGGGCUGACGAAGGAGCAGAAGGAAAAGUAUAUGGAACACCGGCAAACCUACGGCAGCACCCGAGAACCUCUUUUAGAGAACUUGACCAGCGAAUACGACUUGGAGCUUUUCCGCCGAGCGCAAGCCAGAGCCUCUGAGGACUUGGAAAAACUGCGACUGCAGGGCCAAAUCACGGAAGGCAGCAACAUGAUCAAGACCAUUGCCUUUGGCCGCUAUGAGCUGGACACCUGGUACCAUUCCCCCUACCCAGAGGAGUACGCACGGCUGGGGCGCCUCUACAUGUGCGAGUUUUGCCUCAAGUAUAUGAAGAGCCAGACAAUACUACGUAGGCACAUGGCCAAAUGCGUCUGGAAGCAUCCUCCUGGGGAUGAAAUUUACCGCAAGGGCUCCAUUUCGGUGUUCGAAGUAGACGGGAAGAAGAACAAGAUCUACUGCCAGAAUCUGUGCCUUCUGGCAAAGCUCUUCUUGGACCACAAGACUCUGUACUAUGACGUUGAGCCCUUUCUCUUCUAUGUCAUGACAGAAGCAGACAACACCGGCUGCCACCUCAUAGGAUAUUUUUCCAAGGAGAAGAAUUCAUUCCUCAACUACAAUGUUUCCUGCAUCCUGACCAUGCCCCAGUACAUGAGGCAGGGUUAUGGCAAAAUGCUCAUCGACUUCAGCUACUUGCUUUCCAAAGUGGAAGAGAAGGUCGGCUCCCCCGAACGACCGCUUUCAGACCUGGGCCUUAUCAGCUACCGUAGCUACUGGAAGGAGGUCCUCCUUCGGUAUUUGCAUAACUUCCAAGGCAAAGAAAUCUCCAUCAAAGAGAUCAGCCAGGAGACAGCUGUCAACCCAGUCGACAUUGUUAGCACUCUGCAAGCGCUCCAGAUGCUUAAAUACUGGAAGGGCAAACACCUGGUCUUAAAGAGACAGGAUCUUAUUGACGAGUGGAUAGCCAAAGAGUCCAAAAGGUCCAACAGCAAUAAAAUCAUGGAUCCCGGCUGUUUGAAAUGGACCCCUCCCAAAGGAACUUAAUGGACCCGCCUCUCCAAGAAGUGCGGAUGCCCCAUCCCCACCGGCCACCGCCCCUUUUCCCAGCAUUGAGACCUGCCCUGUGGGAUCAGUGGAUGUGUCGUGAACACCAAACCCCCUCUUCCGUGAGCUCUCUGUUCUGUUUGAGGCCGCUUCACCGCAGACCCUUGGUGCACCCAGCAGAGGCUGCUUUGGAGGAAUGUUCGUACACGCCAGCCUCAGCAGAGUCGCCAAGAUGUGAGAGUUUGGUGCACAGCGACGAGGGGGGUCCCGCGGAGCAGCUGUGCUCGCUAGUGUCGGUCUUCUCCACCCGCUGCCCCUUGAGCCGCAGAGGUCGUCUUUCCCCACAGGGGUGUGUUUUGCAUUUCGGUGUCUUGCUGGUUCCAGCCCACUUGCUUCCCUGGCCACUUUGUCAGUGUAAAUGCAUUGUUCUCCCCACCACUACCCCCGGGCACAAGCGGAAAGAACGCAGCACCCGUUGGGCUGUUUCAGGAUCCGCAACGUGUCGCAUCCGUUCGCAAGCCUAAGCAUGGCCUGGACCUUGCUGCAGGGGCCCAGGCAAGGAAACUUCCAUGCCAUGUUCUUCUUUCUCUUCCCUUCAGCACGUAAUGCCCCGAAGGGCUCUGCUUUCAGGGACCCUGUUGCUUUCUGUUCCCUUCUGGCUCAGAACGUUCAGGUGGUACAACUGUUGCAUAGCUCUCAGAUCAUGCAUCCCACCCAGCCGAGUCCCCACAGCAGUGUCCGUGCACGCAGGUGGCUUGUCCUGGCACAUGAUGUGCUGUUGCUUUUGCUUAUCCUUGCCAGGCCUCAGUGGGAGUGAGGGAUGCUACUACCUGACAACCAAUGUUGAACUAGGUCCUCCUUUGAUAGCUUUCAAAAAAGAAAGAAUCCAGUCUAUCCACAGGCUUUAGAAGAGUUUGGUUCAGGGUUGUUGUUUUUUUAAUUGUGGAGGAAGGGACUCCAGAUCUGCAUCCAAGCCUUGGCACAGUGCCUUCUGCAUUGGCCGUCUCCACCUGCUGGAUUUCCUCCUGCUCCAAAGAAAGCUACUGCCCAAGAAAAGCAUGUCUUGGCCACACAGUCCGGCCCUGGCUGCUUCCCACUGCCAGCCCAUUUACUAUCCACAUCCAGCACCACGUCUUGCUUGUGGCAAGGUCCCCAAAUCUGGUAACACCCCACCUGUGGAACAGCUUGAGCUGCUUGCUACCAGGUACAAUUUCCACCGGGUGGUGAUUGACGUGGCGACUGUGCUGGCUCGGUUGUGGGCUGUGCUGCUGCAUUUAAAAAAGAUUUGUCUUUCCCUCUUCUGCUGCUAUAGGGUCAUCCAGGGCCAACUGCUUGCGCUGCAUCUGGUCUACCUGAUCAUUGGUUACCUUGCCUUGGUCCACCUGAUCAUUGGUUACCAGAGGCAUAUCAAGGGGAAAUGGCACCCAGGGACAACCCCUGCCCAGGGCGCACCCCCCACACACACUCAAGGGUGGGGGCGGCUCCGACAGGUGCCGUGGCUUCCAAGCCAGGCUGGCGCAGGGGAGGAGGGGGUGGGGCCGACCCCCCCCCCAACUGUUGCGCCCAGGGACAUUUGACACACACACCCUGGUUCCCAUUACAGAUACGCCACUGCUCGUUACUUUGGAGAGUGUCAAGUAGCGAAAUUCGGUACAUCAGCAUAAUCGCCACACCACGUGCAAAGAUGCCAAGAACCCCCACAGUUGCGGAGAACCCCUGAAGCUACUAAGGGCAGAUGGUCAUGGUUGAUCCCAGGGGUUUCUGAGAUGGCUUUCUCUGCAGAAGCUCUUGUUCAAAUGGCCCUGCAGUGCAGGAUAUCUCCGAAAAUCCUGCGUUUUUGCCCCAUUCCAGGAUGCAGCUGUUGGUUGCACAUGGGCGUUCAUCAGAAGACAACACCACCCUGGAAAUGUUUUGCAAAAAUUUGCUUCAGAGACAGGCCUGUGGAUGCAACUGGCAUUGUGUACUUAUGGUGGGUUGGGGGAACUUUGCCCUCCAUCCCUCAAGGUAUUUUCACUCAUUAAAACUGGGGUGAGAGCAUUCCUUCUGCCUGCCAGUGCUGUGUUUCUGCCAACUCACCCAACAUGGGAAAUCACUAGGACACAGGUGUCAAACUUGUGGCCCUCCAGAUGUUCAUGAACUGCAAUUCCCAUCAGCCCUUGCCAGUAUAGCCAAAGCUCAUGUUGGGAGGGACUGAUGGGAAUUGUAGUUCAUGAACAUCUGGAGGGCCGCGAGUUUGACACUCCUGCACUAGGAGUUAUGUUCACAUGAGUCUUCAGUGACCUGUGUGAAUUUCUGGGUAGCUACUGACAAGUGGGUGUCUCGCCUGGGAUUUGUUCUGGAUUGCCUUAAGAGCCUCUGUGAACAAGGGUGAGGGUUGUACCUUUUUCACCUCUCUUCACCCUCUCUAGAGGAAAAUCCCCUGGGCAAUGUAAAAGCAUCCCUGCCCUUUCUUCACCCUCCAAGUCUGAUGUGGUCUUCAGCAAAGGAGAAGCUUAGGGGCAACAAAUGCAACCUCUGUUUCAAGGUGGACAUUUCAAGAAUAGUCACCUUGUCAUACUUGGGAGGAGAGGAACUGUGUGUCGUUCAAAGUCUGACUCCCGCACAGACCUUUUCCCCCCCGCAAGCAGUCCUGUGGUUGACUUGUGUUCUUUGUUGUCUUUCCACUGGCAUUCUAAGCCUACUGACAUUUCUAUUUCUGUGCUCGUCGCCGGCAACUAUCAGUCACUCCCCUCAGCUUCUAGGUUAUAACCGGCGGUGGGGCGGCACGUGCCGGCUCAGUCUUCGGUGGGAUGGGAGGCUGGCCGCCUUUGUACAAAAAGCUGAUCUCUUCGUUCCCUGGAUAUGUUAGAAUAUGCUACCAGUGUAACUAUUUCUCAAUAAAGCAUGUUCUCUGCUCUGA